AUGGAUCGCCACGUGUACGCUCUGGAUUUCGAUGGCGUUCUGUGCGACAGCUGCGGAGAGAGCUCGCUGUCGGCCGUGAAGGCUGCCAAGGUUCGGUGGCCGUCGCUCUUUGCUGACGUGUCUGCUGAAGUGGAGGAGAUGAUUCUGAAGCAGAUGAGGGAGGUGAGGCGAGGUGAGGUGCGGCCAGUGGUGGAGACCGGUUAUGAGAACAUUCUGCUGGUGCGGCUGCUGCUGGAAAUGGCAUGUGAAGACAAGCGGCAAUCUCAGCUGUCCAAGUCAGGCAAGCUCAGCCUAGAGGCCAUCCUGAGCGGGUGGGAGGGGGAGAUCAAGCCAGCAGUGAUGGCGGAUUGGGGCGAGGAGGGGCGGAGGGAGGAGCUGGUGGAGCUGUUUGGGGCGGUGAGAGAUGAGUGGAUGCGAGACGAUCUGCCUGGGUGGAUUGCGGCGAAUGCCAUGUAUGCCGGCGUGCCUGAGGCGCUACAGAAGGCAGAGUCUCCGUUGUAUAUAGUCACGACCAAGCAGACCCGCUUUGCCCUCGCGCUGCUGCGCGAAUUGGCGGGUGUUGAUUUCCCGGAAGACAAGGUCUUCGGCCUUGGUACUGGCCCCAAAGUUCAGACACUGCAGCACCUGCAGUCGCUCCCUCAACACCAAGGCUGCUCCUUUCACUUUGUGGAGGAUCGACUAGCCACGCUGCGCAAUGUCAUCAGCACACCACAAUUGGACGGCUGGAAUCUCUACCUAGGAACGUGGGGCUACAACACAGAGCAGGAGAGGCAAGAGGCAGCACAAAUUCCCAGAAUCCAGAUGGUGGACUUGCCUGAGUUUUGCAGCAGCCUAGAAUAA